GAAAUCCGAGCUGUGGUUUCCCAAUCUCACCUCUGCAUGAAGUUUCCCACUCCUAUGGGAAUAGCAACACUGCGAGGAAAUCAAGAGGUGGCUAGACAUUGUUAUAUCACCUCGGUAACACAACCAACGAAGGGCAAAGAUAAGACACCCGAGGUCAUUCCCCAGCAGAUUCCUGAUAAUCAGCAGGUAAUGGGUGUAGAGAUCAUUGAUAAUCGACCGGAUGAUGAAACCAGAGCUGCUCCGGUCGAAGAUGUUGAAGAAGUGCUCGUUGAUGGCAGAGAUCCGAGCCGAAAAACGCAGAUCGAAACUAGAUUGAACCCAGAGGAGAGGGCAGAACUGAUAGCUUUUCUCCGAGCCAACAAUGAUGUAUUUGCAUGGACUUCGGCGGAUAUGCCAGGAAUUCCAACUUCAGUCUGUCAACAUAAGCUUAGUACCAACCCGUUGAAGAAACCAGUGGCCCAGAAGCGGCGUCUCUUCGGGGGGGAGAGGCUUCGGGCUGUCAAAGAAGAGGUGGAGAAGCUCCUACAGGCUGGUUUUGUGAGGAAAGUUGAUUAUUGCGAAUGGGUGGCUAACCCAGUCAUGGUGAAGAAGGCCAACGGGAAAUGGCGAAUGUGUAUCGAUUAUACAAAUCUCAACAACGCCUGCCCUAAGGAUUGCUAUCCAAUGCCGAGCAUUGACAAGUUAGUUGAAGCGGCUUCAGGCAAUGAGAGGUUGAGCCUCUUGGAUGCAUAUUCUGGGUAUCACCAGGUGCCAUUGGCUCCCGAAGAUGAAGAGAAAACCUCGUUCUAUGCUGGCGACGAGAUUUAUUGUUAUGUCAUAAUGCCGUUUGGCUUAAAGAACGCAGGUGCUACUUAUCAGAAAAUGGUGACCAUAGUCUUCCGAGCUCAGAUUGGCAAGAAUCUGGAGGUGUAUGUGGAUGACAUUGUGGUAAAGAGUCUGAAGGCAGAAAACCAUCUCGCUGACCUCGACGAAACCUUUAACAACCUCAGAAAGAACCGGAUGCGGUUAAAUCCAGCCAAGUGCAUCUUCGGAGUGGAGUCUAGAAAAUUUCUAGGUUUCAUGGUAUCCCGAAGAGGGAUUGAGGUCAAUCCAGAGAAGAUCAGGGCAAUAGCUGAGAUGGAACCGCCGAAGUCAAUUAAAGAUAUACAGAGGUUGACUGGAAGGGUGGCAGCUCUGCAUCGAUUUAUCUCCAGGUCAGCGGAUAAAUGCUUGCCAUUCUUCAAAAUUAUGAGAUCUCAACGGCUGAGAUUCGUUGGAUCUUACGGUCCCUGUUGACACCGUUUGGAAUUCAACGGGCAUCCCCAAACGGUACCGUUUUAAACUUGACGGUUCGUUUUUAAAUUUGCCCGUUUAACUGUUACAGUUACCUUUUUACGGCUGCAUUUAUUGCGCACGUCAUUCCAUGGACAACUGUCACACCACGUUGUCAGGUUUUCCAGAUGGCCCCACCUACGCCCAUUUUGACACCUCCAUUCACUUGUGCAUAUUCUCAAAUAUACAAGUGUUUCACCUCGGCUUCAACUACAAUAAUGCUUCAUUACAUUUCACCUCGGCUUCGGUCACAGCAACCCAAUCUCACACAUUUUACUUCGGAUACGAGUAUUAUGACC